UUAAAGAUGAAUUAUACUUGCACUGAAGGAAAGGAAAAGGUGCCUGAUGACGAACUGGAGCGCAAAAUCUGUUAUCGGAGAUUUACUGUUCACAGUUGUAAGCCCAAAAUCUUGGAUUGUCUUCACAGGAUUUGUGCUAGAUGUUUGACUAAAAUACUUCAUAUAGGAGUCGGAUCUCCCUGUGUUAGCUGUCCCUUUUGCCACCAUGAGACAGAGUUCCAUGAAGAUGAAGUUGAAGGACUACCUGAUGAUACAAACAUUAUGUCCAAGCUCAUAUUAAAACACAAAACAGCAUGGAAUUCUGACUGUAAAGAAGUAGUUUUAACACCAGAAAACUUGGCUUCCUCACGUUCUUCCCAUGGAUCAAACUACUUAGUAAUUACAAUUAUAGAAGUACAAAGAGACUCCCCAAGGACUCCCAGUCAAAGUACUGCCUCAGAUUAUUAUGCUGACCAUGGCACUGAGUCAGUAUCUUUAAGUUCUCAGAGCCAGCUAGACCAAGAUCUCUUUUGAAAGUUAUGCAAGUAUGUACGCAGAAUACUGAUAUGGCUGCUUGGAUUUCUUUACUUUGGUUCCCUCCCUCUUGGGAUCUAUUUACUAGUGAUUCAGAAAGUGACCCUAUGUGUUGUGUGUGUGAGUUUUGUUCCCUCCAGUCUAACCGUAUGUCUCAUGUAUGGCUUCUGCCAGUGCCUCUGCCAUGGAAUUUGUGACUGCUCUUCACAAAGCUGAUGUGCAGUGUUUCAUCAAUUGGUGAAUUUUUAACUGAAACAUAGAACAACUUAAUUGCAAACUUUAACCUUUAUGGACUGUUAAAAAUGCAUAUAGUAUGACAUAUAUAUGUAUUUUUGUUAAAGCACAAUAACUUGUGUGAAUACGGGCAAAAUGACAACAUGGUAUUGUUGUGGUUUUUCUUUUACUAAAAAGA